AGAUUUAUUUACACUUGAGAAAUGUGAUACAAAAAUAAGCUGUUUUUUUAAUAUUGAAAUGAAAAUGGCUCAAAAUAACACCGAAUGGAAUGAAAAUCAACUUCGUAAAUAUGAUUUUACAUUAGAAGAUAUUCCUAGAUUCGAUUGUAAUGAUCCAAAUGUAGAUAUUUUAAUUUCAUCUAAUAGACCUGUUGUUAUUACCGGAACAAAUCUUGUUAGUACGGCAAAUAAAUGGAAUUUAGAGUAUUUAGAAAAAAAUAUGGGUAACAGUGAUUUUACAGUAUUCGUAUCAAGAAAUCAUAUCUUUAAAUAUUAUGAUGAGAAAAAAAUAACACGACCAUUAGCUAAUGGUGAAAUUUAUAAAGUGGAUUUUGUACCACCAACAACACGUAGAGAUAUGAAAAUAUCUGAAUUUAUUACUAAACUUAAACAAUGGAAACGAGGUGAUGACCGGCUCUACCUUCAACAAGCUUUAAACAACACAAUUGGGUCGUCAAUAGUACAAGAUUUUCGUGGCUUUAACUGGAGUUGGGUGAAUGUAAAACAAAAAGCAAAUUCAUGGGGUCCAUUAACAUCGAAUUUAUUACUGAUAUCAAUGGAAGGCAAUGUAACACCAUGUCAUUAUGAUGAGCAACAAAAUUUUUUUGCGGAAAUUCGUGGUCAUAAACGUUGCAUAUUAUUUCCACCAGAACAAUUUGAAUGCCUGUACCCGUAUCCAGUAUAUCAUCCACAUGAUAGACAAAGUCAAGUUGAUUUUGAAAAACCUGAUUACAGUAGGUUUCCUAAAUUACGUGAAGCACGUGGAAUGCAAGCGGUUAUAGGUCCUGGUGACGUGUUAUAUAUACCAAUUUAUUGGUGGCAUCAUGUAGAAUCAUUAAUGCGAGGAGGAUACACAAUAUCAGUCAAUUUUUGGUAUAAGGCUGGACCAACAGGUGAAAUAGUAUAUCCAUUGAAAGGACAUCAAAAAGUGGCAAUAAUGAGAAACGUAGAAAAAAUGUUAUUAGAAGCAUUACAAGAUCCUCGAGAAGUUGGACCAUUAUUACGAACUUUAGUUCUUGGACGGUAUACUGAAUGAUGCGUGUUUAAGUACCUAAAAAGUAAAAAUAAUAAUUUCUUUUUACUUUGUAUUAAUAUUGUAUUAGUUACUUUUGUGGCAAGGGUUUCAAUUCAAGUAAUAAUGCUUUAUUAUGACAAUUUAUUUGUUCAAAA